AUGCUCAACCCUUGCCACCAGUUUACUUCCCGAAUAGCGCAUGGUGCAGUCCAGGAGUAUGAACACUUCGCAUGGAUCAUGGCAAAAGUGCAAGUUGUCCAGCCAGUACAAGCCCUGGCUAAGGACAAAAGCAAAUUUAGCAUUGCCGUCUCACCUCCGUUGCCAACACUUAGGCCUAAUCAUGAAGCUAAUCGGGUCACUCUUUCUGAAAUCACAAGCUUACGGAUGGCGCUGCAGGGCUUUCAUCUUGGAGGACAUCCAAAUUUUCUCCUUGACCAUCUUCAUGCAACGCCUUGGUUAGGAAGUCGAUGGAGUAAAAGUGACAUCGUUUUCCGGGGGCAUUCAGCCGACCAAGGCGCCUCUGUGCAUAUCCUUGCGGAGAUCCGCCACCCACAUAUCGUUCACGUAUGUGACUCAGGAACAUGUGAAUAUCAGGCAUGCAAUUGUAGUCACACCGCAUUUGGUGACGAUAGCGCAAAGAUCAUUGAUCUUGGUAUUCUGCUGUUCGAGAUCUAUUUUAAUCAGCCGAUGGAGAACUUCUAUACCAACGAAGAAUUUGCAGACUCAAGGAACAAGCUCAAUGACUCAUGUGUCGUUAGGCGAUGGAUGAAUCGUGAGAGGGAAAAGCUCUCCGGGACAUUUCAGAAUGCAAUCGCUCACUGCUUGAGAUGCUUCGCCAACCCAGAUGCCAAUCUCCAGGAUACGGAUUUCCGUCAAGGGGUGGUUGACCACAUGCUUUUCCAACUACAGGAUGAACUCUCGAUCUGGAUUGAUGACCCACCAAAAGCUAAGCAAAAAGUAUUGGGCCGCGUUCUGUUGGAUUAUAGCCUUUGUCGUGCGCUGCAAUAUCUUCGUCCAAACCUGGUCUGCGUGGACUUGCAGGACUGCAAGAGACUCCGCUUAAAGAACUAA